AUGCGGUGGCUGCCGGUGCCGCGCUGGGCCGGCCGCUUCGCGCGGGUGGCGGUGGCCGUGACGGCGGCGGCGGCGCUGCUGGUCGGGGCGCUGCGCUGCUGGGUCUCCCUCUCGGCCUCGUCGCGCCGCUUCGAGUUCGACCCCGAGGAGAUCGCGCGCCUCGCCAAGCACCACGCAGGCCUGGACCACGAGUUGGCUUUUUCCAAGAUCAUUGUGGAAUUGCGCAAGAAGCAUCCAGGACACAUCCUGCCAGAUGAGGACUUGCAGUGGGUGUUUGUCAAUGCCGGUGGCUGGAUGGGUUCCAUGUGCCUGCUCCAUGCUUCCUUCUCUGAGUACGUUCUGCUCUUUGGCACAGCCGUCGACGCUGGGGGGCACUCAGGUCGAUACUGGGCCGAUAUCUACGAUACCAUCAUCUCAGGGACCUUCCGGCAGUGGAAAGAAGGAACAACCAAAAGCGAGAUCUACUACCCCGGAGAUACCAUCGUCCACCGGUCUGGAGAGGCCACAUCAGUGCAGUGGAGCGCCGGCACAUGGAUGGUGGAGUACGGCCGCGGUUUCAUCCCUUCAACGCUCCCCUUUGCCCUUGCUGACACAAUCUUCAGCACUCAGGACUUCCUCACCCUCUUCUACACUGUGCGUGUUUACGUCAAGGCGCUGCUCCUGGAGCUCAAUGCCUACUUCAGCGACUCGGGCCAUUGAGCGCUCACUGCUCCUUGGCUCCAAGUCAGUCAUCACCCCCCUUGAUAUGGAAGGCUCUCCUCCCUCCCUGCCUCCCCUUGG